CCUGCCCCAAACUUGGCGCUUUUCCACCCAAAUCUGGGUCACAUCCCGGAAACGGCCCCUUGGGGGGUGGGGGAGGGGAGGGGCGGGGGGGGGAGGGGCUCCGGGGGGUUUAAAUGGGGCACGAGGUGGCGGGAAAAGCCCCAAAGGCGAGAUGAGGGUGACACGUGACUCCCGUGACGUCAUCGGGCUCAGCAUCAUCCUCCUCCUCCUGUUGGUGGAGAGCGGGAACGCGGUUUCCCUCCACCCCGACUCAUCGUUGGACCCGCGACCCCCAGCCCGGAUGGGGGAUGGGCAGGUUCCCUCCCCCUUCGUGUCGCUGCUCAACGUGUCACCCCCAAAGCGGGUGGGGGAUGGGAAGCGCUCCCGCCGCCACAGCUCCCACUUCCCCGUCUGCUCCUUCUGCUGCGGCUGCUGCGCCAACCGCGGCUGCGGCCUCUGCUGCCGCACGUGACCCGCGCCCGCCAAUCAGCGCCCGCCAUUCCCGGCUUGCCGCCCCGAUCUACCAAUCAGCGCCCGGGAGGGGGCGGGUGCUGCUGAAAGAUGUGAUGUAUGCAAACCACGCCCCCCACAGCGGGAUCCACCAAUCGGCGCCCCGCAGGGGCGUGCUGCUGCAGCACGUGAUCGGAAAGCCACGCCCCCUCCCGUAUUUAUUGAAUGUAAUGGAAUAAAGUGGAGUUUUAUAUAA